GUAAUUGUACUGAGAAUAGUUCUGAUAUUUUUUGUAAGAUUAACUUAAUUCACGGGUAAGUCAGAACUUUCCGAAAGAAACGCUUUUUAAUUGUUAGAUUAUGCGAAUGAAUAAUAUCUGUUUAGAUAUUGACUUUCUUUUUAAGGAUACUAUUGCAAGAAUUAAAAGUAAAAUUUGGUUUUUGAAUUAAACAAAAGAACAAGGUGAUAAUUGUGGAUUUGAUUAGAUUUACUUAGUUGGAAAAUUUUACUUUUUAUUUUUGAAAGCAAUGCGUAUUACCAAACGAAUGACAAUAGCGAUCAGUCAAUUUACUUUCUUCUUUUUCUUUUGGCGUUCUUUUUUUUUCUUCUUGGAAUAUGAGUCCUUUCUUUUUGUACAUAAUAUAGGUGUGCAUUUAAGAAACUACCGAGCUCUUUUAAGUAUUCUUUCCAUUUACGUAUAUUACAUUAAGCAGAAUUUUUGCACGUGAAAGAUUACCGAUUAGAAUUUACCAAAGCUGUAAUAAAGACAAGCCAUUGAACGUAAUACGACAAUCUACUGUUAAAGAUGUUUGAAAAAGAAUUCGAGGAAUUUGAUAGAAAUAUAAAAGUGAUGAAAAUCUUUGAUGGUGUGGAAGCCAAAGAAUAUCACAGUAAUGAAUUGUUACAAAAAUAUUUGCAUUGUUUAUCGCACACUUAGCUUCCUAACAAAGUAUGUUUCAACAGAAAUGUGAAUACAGUAUAGAUAGGGCUUCCAGAGUCAAUAAUUCCAUCUAAAAAAAAAAAAGUGUAUAAAAACAAAAUAUUUUCUACGUAUUUUUACAUGACUGUUUUUAGAAGAAUCACAAAACUUUUAAAUGAUACAUGUGCAAUGUACAUUUUACUCUAUUUUCGAAUCUACUUUACAUAUAAGAUUCUUAUGUGUACAUAUGUAGAGGUCCAAUGAGAAAAAUUUAAAAUUAAAACAAAACAUUUGCCUUUGAUCCACGAUAAACGUUUACACGUUUAAACGGAUAUCAAAUUAUUUUUUAGUGGAUUCUAUAUCAAAGUAACAGAAAUUUCGCUAGAAAGCUAGCAUAGAUAAUAAAGGGUGUUUGAAGAAAAUUUAUUAUGUGAUCUGCGAGAUGAAACGAAACUAGAAUUGUAUGCAAGUGCCUUGAUGAACUCAACAUAUUUUAAUCACACAUUGUGUGAGCGUUUUGACGAAGGCGUCGAUGAAUCGAGUAUUCGUGACAUUGUUCUUCCCUGUAAAGGAAGUUAAUAUUAAUUCUUUGCGCUCGAACAUUAUUUCUUUUCUUAAAGUAAAUAAAUUACUUCGACAUGAUUUAUAUUAUAGAAUAUAGUUUCAUAAGAUUGUUGUAAGAUUCUUUUCAAUUGAAAUGAUAAGUUCUGUUUAGUUAAAAUGAAGGUUUAGAUAAAUAUACAAUAUUGCUCAACCAAUUUAAAUAUUGUAAAAUAAAAAACAAUGUUUCUUUUUUUUUUUUUUAAAUAGACAAUAAUUCUAAAACUCUUUGUUUGUCAAGUAACAUUUUACUACGGAUGAUCUUGAAAAAGCCAAGUUUUUUUUAAACAAAAGUUGGGAGCGCAAAGAAUUAUGUAUGACUUAUGAUUAUUAUAUAUUCUCUAAGCAAGUGAUUCAUGCGAGAAUUGUUACUGAAAACGCGCGAAAGAUAUUAUAAUUAACAUAUACACUUUUUCCUCAGAUAGUUAAGUGAUAAGCAAUAACUAUUAUUUUUUACGAGGCGUUUGUUAAGCUAAACUAUUUUUUCGUCUAGGAAAUAAUGUACUUGUCGAAAAAAGUAUAUAUAUAUAUAGAAAUAAAAAUAUAUAUACACUUUUUAAUAAGGAUAAACACUAAUAUGUCAUUAAAAAUAAUGUCCAGUAUAAAUUAGUAUAUAUAUAUAUAUGUAUGUAUAUAUAUAUAUAUUAUUUACAUAACAAUCUCUCUCGACAAUAAGAACAAAAAAUACAUUUGUUUAACGAUUCCACAAUUUUUCUCAAUAAAGAUAAAGAAGAACGAUGGAUUGCCACAAAUUAUUUGUAUGCGCUGUCUGGGCACGUUGGAAUUCUUAUAUGACUUCUAUGACAGUUGUCAGCACACUCAAAAGGAACUCUUGCAGGCUGUUCAAAAUAAAGCUGAAGAGAAACUUCAGCGAGAAGAUGAUGCUGAAUCGGAUAAAGAGAAUGAUGUUACAUCAACGAAACACAAACCAAAAGUUUUAUCACCUGUUGCUUCCAAAGAUGCUGAAAAUUCUGUAGCCAUAAAUAAGGACAGUAAUAAUUUACAUAAUGAUAGCAGUGACUGUUCGAAUGAUAUUCAGCCGGUUACAUGUAAAUUGGUACCAUUAGAAAAUUUAAUUUCUAAUAAGCAGUCUACAGGGCGUAACAUUCCCAUACGUGAGAAGAAUUCAAUGAACGAACAAAAGUGUGAUACAAAUUUCAUAUCCGAGAAGGAUAGUAUUAUAAAGAAAACAAGUCCAAUGAAUUUAUUGCUGAUGGAUGAAACGAAUGUUAAUGAAAACUCGGUGUUCCCUGUACGACGUAAGAGAGGUAGAAAGAGUAAAUUGGAAAAAAUGAGGGAAGCUAGUCUUUUAAAGAAGGAGAAUGUUGUCGAUGAAAAGGAUAAUUUUCAGAAUAAAUUGAAAAAAUACCGUCUGCGUAAUAUUUGUGAAAAUGUUAAUAGUGUAACCAAAAGUACUGUAGUUCCAAUUAAACUGGAAAUCAAGGAAGCCACUGCGAAGGAAAAGGUAGCAAUGGACUCAUCAUUAAACGAAACUUGUAUUAAGGAUAGAGGUACUGAUAUAAUUAAUGAUAGUACAGUCCCUGAUAAACCAACAGAAAUGAAAUUCAAUGACGAAAGUUCAAAGACAACAAAAGAUAAUUUGGUCAAAAGUAAAGCAACAUCUGUUAUUGUAAAACAAGAGAAACUAGAAGCACAUAAUAAAAAAGUGGACAUGCAAGAUUAUAUAUGUAAAAUUUGUGGUAAACGUCUUAAGUCGAAGAAAGCUUUGCACAAUCACCAAAAUGUACAUGCUGUUGGAAAGUAUAAGUGUUCUUUAUGCCCAAAUGUAUACAAAAGUAAUCAAAUAUUAAAAGAACAUAUUUUGAAACAUAAGGGUAUUAGGAAUUAUAAAUGCAACAUAUGUGAAAAAACAUUUGCACAGCAGUCUCAUUUAGCUGCUCACAUGGCAGUACACAGUAAAAUUAGAUUUCAUUGUCCUGGAUGCGACAGACCUUUCAAUCGGCACGACAAUAUGAAAAUACAUACCAAACGAUGCAAAAUGUUUUUGACGAAUCCAGAUCUUAAAAACUUCUUUAAUAGAAGAGAAAGAUCUUCAUCGUUUACUAAGAUUACGAAGGUAGACGAUGAUCUAGGAAGUCAGGAUGUGUCAAUACCUGUUUCUAAAUUUGUUGAAAAUCAAGAUAAUAAGCUGUCAGUAAGGACGGUAGACAAUCAGAGAAAGACUGCAUCAAAUUUCUGUAAAUUAGGAUUGAAUAUCUCUUGUAUCGAACCAGUAGAUAAAACAUGGGAUCGUGUUGAUUUAUAUAAAAAAGUAUCAGAAGUAACAAACUCCACCGAAAUCAAUAUAAUUCAGAUUACACAAGUCAGUGAUAAAUUACAUCCGAAAAGCGAAAAUUUAACAGUACUUGAAAACGUUUUGAGACCAGAAAGUUUUUAGUAAAGAUAAGAAGAUAAGUUAUAAUGAAUAUCUUACAACGAUAUUGUUUAAGAGUACAAAUCAGUGAUAUAAGAUUUAAUGGAACCAUGAAGUUAGAGAAUAUACUCUCAAAUCAUUCAAUAACAAAUUAAGUAACGUUUCUGGGACAAAGUAUGUUAUUUAAAAAUACUAAAAUCUUAUUAGACAGUUCAUUGCAACUCGUCCCUGAUGGAAAUUUGUAUUUUACAACCAAAGAAAACCUUUUUUCUAUCUCUUAAAAAGUAAAGCGACGUUUCAUCGAGAUAAGACGAGGUACUCUUACGCUUAUUUUAGUUAUAAGU